AUGCACGGACUGUUGAGGAAAUAUACAAGCGACACUAAGAAGAAAGCUUUCCAACAGCGAAGGCAGUCUAUGAAGACAUGGAGUGGUCCACCGCCAUAUGAACUAAAUGCAAUGCUGGAUCGAGUUGUAUUAUUGGAAACUUACCCAUACAUGGAGUACCGGGUGGACAUGACACGGCAGAUCCAAUGGAUCAAAACGGAAAUUUUUUUGAGCAUUGGAGCUACACAGUGCAUGAUUCUCCAGGAAAGGAUGUCCAUAUUAACACCUCCAACUCCUUCCUUCUUGAUAAAAAACAACACAGCAAAGUGCCAAGUAUACGGAGGAGGACAAGGGAUGCUGAGAUGUGGAAGGUCAGAUGUGUACAUAAAACCGGAAUGUGUCUGUACUUUCCACAACGUGUAUGAAGCCAUGUAUCACCGGUACUCGUCUUGUCCACACGGGGAGGAAUCAGAUGUUGUCACGCAAUUAAAAUGUCCAGAUUGCCUAAUGUAUAGUUUGGAAAACAACGGACCCUGCAUCAACGGAGGCAACCUAACCUGUAAAGGAGAUGAAGUGGGUCCACAAAUCACAUGUAAAUGUCCACCGUACUACAAGGGAAUGUUUUGUGAAGAAAAAUCUGAAAAUGUGACGAGAAUUUGUGACAGUAUCUCCUUUUCACAAACUGUUGGCCUAAAAAAUUGCCAUUCUACCAAAAAUGACUGUGUAACGUACAGCAGGAACAGGCGAUACGCUUUUAAAUGUUACGAAACCGAUCACUCUCAGGAAAGACGAGUAUUUCCAAACGCAUUACAACAAGAAGUCUGA